CUCCGUCGUUUGUCUUGCCCGCUGUUCUUCUACACGUGGGAAUUCCCGGCCGGCUGGUUCCGGGGCAAAGCGAGCACGUGGGAACGGGGCGUUUUGCACCUCCCUUGCCUUUAUCUCAGGAUCAAUGGCAUCAGCGCUGCCCCCCAAUUUCUCUUGGGUCGUCUCAGGCCUGUUGGCUGGGCUGGCCAUGCCCCGGCUCCCUGCUCACUACCAGUAUAUGCAUGACCAUGGGAUCCGGCAUCUGGUGUCGCUAACCGAGCGGAGCCCGCCUUACCACGAUACCUGCCCGGGCAUCCAAGUGCAUCGCCUACGCAUUGCCGACUUCUGCUCCCCCUCGACCGAACAGAUCCAGCGGUUUCUGCAAAUUGUGGAAGACGCCAACGCCAAGCGGGAGGCUGUGGCUGUUCACUGUUUGCUGGGCUUCGGACGGACGGGAACCAUGUUGGCGUGUUACCUUGCCAAGACCCACAAAAUUACCGGGGUGGAAGCCAUCCAAAAAAUCCGUCAGCUGCGGCCGGGCUCCAUCGAGACUUACGACCAGGAGAAAGCCGUCAUCCAGUUCUACCAGCGUACAAAGUAGCUGCUGGAAAAGACGAGAACUUGCCCCUGAGAAACAACACAACGAUUGUGUCUCUUUCCGCUUUCUGGGGGGAGGGGGAAGCAAGCUGGCUUUAGAGAGUGGAUCCAGCAGGGAUCCAGUCCGACUGGAAUCCCAGUCUGUUCUGACCUAGGCUCCCUUAAAAAGCAGGAAGCAGAGUCUUGAUCUUGGCAAAACCUCUUUUAUUGACACGACUGUGAAUUCCAUCCAUUCACAGUCAGCAAGGCCCGUCCAAACAGUCUUUCAAAGGAAUAUUCAUCAACACAGACCUUAUCUCGCUUGGAAAGCUGCCAUGUAAUUAGUUUCCAAACGCAGGGCAAGGCCAAACUUGGCACAGAGUUUCUUAGAGUCACAAAUGGAACUUUCCACUCUUGAAAUGAAUUGUUUCCUGCGAAAGCCCCCUCCCCGUUCGCUCCUCUUUUGUUUCCUAUGGGAGGGGCCAAUCACCUCCAAGGUGUGGCUUUACUCCUGAGUCGACCCUGCUUUCUGAGUUUGUCUUCUGGCAGCUCUGCGCAUGCACAUACUGGGAACGGGCUCCAGCUGUUCCUCUGCCUCACUGCUGUCAAACUCCCUCUCUGCCUCCGAGGCAGAGCCCUCGUCCGAGCUUUCCUCAGCCCCCAGGGCUGGCCCAUGUUUCUCCCCAACCUCCUCAAUUUCCAACUCUGCUGCCAGCUCUGCAACACAACACAAACACACAUAACACAGACACGCACAAACACACAGUCCUUUUAUCUUAUCUAUUGGUUCUCUCCGAGUUAGUCGAAGUUAACUUUUUCAAGAGUGAAGCAUUUGCAUCUCCAGUGCCGUUUUGCAAAAAAUUAACUCAACUCCAUCCCACAGUUGAAAAAGAGACGCCUUCGGAAACCUGGCGAAUCGUGUCUUUGGAUGGAGGAAAAGGAAAAUAUUGGGGGAGAAAUUAUUCAAGACCCCGUUCGCACGAGAAAAUCCUGAAUUUUAAGGUUUAGAACCUCGCGUUUCAGGGAGGGAGAUGUUUCUGGUUAAGGAUAGCCUUGGCGAUAAAGAAGCCAUCCUAAUAAUAAUAAAAAAAUACCAGAUGGUG